AUGGAGUCCAACCUCGACAACCUCGACCUGUACGCCUUCGACCAGCCCUUCGACCCGAACCGCCCGUCGUUCAACUACCAUCUCUCGCACCAGACGUGGCCGCUCCCGCCCGCCCAGAUGCCGCAACACCACGAUGGCAGCCACCAGCAGCAGCAACACGACCAGCAGCAGCGACGCGUCAACACGGUAGCCACGACGUCCGCCCAGCACCCCCAUGGGCUCCCCAGCACCACCGGCGCCCUCGCGCCGCACCAGCUUCAGACGACAGGCUUUGCCUUUCCCUCGGCAAUGGCUUCGAAUCCCAUGUUGUCCGACUGGAUCAAUCUGAGUGCUAGCCCUGGCUUUGCCCAGCAGGCCUUCGGUGCCGACAUGGCAUCUUUGGGGGGAGACUUUGGCGCAUUCGGCGCCGGUCCGUUGCAGACCUCGCCUGUUGAUUUCCCAAUCAACACUUCUCAGGCACUCAUGACAUCCAUGUCAAUGAAUGCUCCAUCCGCCUUCGGCAUGAUGGCGACCACCUCUAUGGACAUGACCCAGCAGAUGGCGCCAUUUGGCAUGGCAGACUUUGCACAGGACUUCUCCAACAUAAACGCGCAAGACUUCAACGUCUCGAGCGCGGUCUCUGCUAGUGCAGGCAGUGGCUCACCCACUGAGCAGUGGUUAGAGGUCAGGUCGCUUUCUAGCAGCGACAAUGGGUGGAACACAGUCGAGUUCGGUCACCGCAACUCGUAUGAUUUCUCAAGUGACCCAACGGCUCUGAUCAUCAAUCCCGCUCAGACUCUUCACAUCCGAACAAACUCGGACUCAUCAGAUCAGUCGGACGCGCCGCGAUCGGCGCACUCGUUCAGCAGCUUCGAGGAGAUCCAUUACCCCAUGCACUCUCCCCAGUCCGAAGCCGAGAACCAGCUUGACCUCACCCAUUCCCACUCAUCACAUUCGCACAGCCAUUCCUCCAGCUGCCACCAUGGUCUUCCCAAUGUCGAGCAGGACUACUCCAACUACAUCUCACCGAGCCAGUCUGUGAGCCCGCCCAUGCCUCGUGCUGAGCCUGUCGACAUCAAGCAGUCGGCAUCCAGCUCCUCUUCCCCGAUUUCCUCCGCCGUCAGCUCACCGCCCACACGCCGGAGAAAGUCGCCAGUCACUACCCCCAUCGGCUCCAAGCCCGCUAAGACCAUCGCAAAGAAGACCCCACCAGCACACACAACGAAGAAGGAUGCAUCAGGCGAGAAGCGUGUAGGCAGGCGGCGCGGUCCUUUGAGACCCGAACAGCGACAGCAGGCACACGAGAUCCGAAAGCUCCGUGCUUGCUUGAGGUGUAAGUUUCUCAAGAAGACUUGUGACAAGGGUGAUCCGUGCGGUGGCUGCCAGCCAUCCCACGCUCGUCUCUGGCAAGUUCCCUGCACCCGUAUCGAUAUCAAGGACAUCGCAUACUUCAUGAAGGACUGGAAGGCCGACUACGAGCGUCACGUCAGCCUUGGAUUUUCCAUCGGCAACAUCAAGGGCUUUUCACCCCAGGAGCGCCCCAUCUACGUCACUCACGGAUAUGGCCACUACCUUCCCAUAAUGGCCCGUGAGGUCUACGUGCGGGAUGAGAAGUGCUUCGGUGUCGACUGGUUCGAGAGCUUGAACGGCCUUCACUUCGAGAUCAACACUGCCAAGCUGUCUGCUGGUAUGGAGGGCGUUUCACGAAGCAUGCUUUCUGACUACUUGGACCGCCACAUCGAUGGCGGCUUCGAGGCGUUCAUCGACGAGUACUUUGAGGGCACCUACUUCGUCACCGAGAUCCUGAAGACUGCCUACCGCUUCUACCAACGCGAGAAACUUCCGGUCAUCCGCAAGGCGUUAAAGCUCGUUGUCGCUUACAACCUGACUCUUCACGUUACGAUGGUUGAAGGACUGGGUGAGGAAGACGUCAACAUCGGCAAGGUCGAGGACAACCAGUCCAAGUUCCACGGCAAGACCGUUGCUCCCGUAAUGAUCAACUUCCAGGUCAAGUGCGCUCUUGCAGACAUGUGGCGUGAGCUUCAGAAGGACGUCCUCGAGGAGCUCUCAUCACUGUACUCCUCAGUCUACAGCGGUGACAAGCUGAAGAACUGGCCCACCAUCUUCAUGCUCGCCGCCAUUAUCCUUGCGGUCUGGGAGCUGAUCCAGUUCGACUGCAACUACCGUGUUCCGGACCAGCCCGCAGUUCAGAAAUUCUGCAACGAUAUGGAGUCGACACCAGUUGGUGUCAUCGUUGGUCUAUUCUCGGCCAUCUCACAGAAGCUCCCUGCAUUUUCGGAGUGGGAUACCCGGAAGCACCACAACCUGUUGGCCUCCAAUCCGGCGGUGUGCGAUGCGAUGACCGAGGUCCGUGCGCAUGUAACCAAAUACGAUACGUAUUUGCGGUCAAGAAGCGACUGCAAGUUCGACCGAAACGACUUCGACUCCCUGUCGAACAAGUUCCUCUCCAAGCUCGUUAUCCGAGCCAACUAG